CUUACACAUAUGUAAUAUCAGAUGUAAACACAGCAAUGUUUUGCAUUUUAGUUAAUAGUUACCAUGCGCUCUCACAUCCUCAUGUUUGCAGACAACUGUUCAAUGCGUCUGCAGUAUACUCAGAUGACACAGACCUCAGACAGGUCUGCUUGACUACUAUAUAUGCUGGCACGUAACAGAUCUUAAAUUGAAAACUAAAAUAGCACAUUCUGCUGUUUUGACCAAUAUAAAAACCUCCUAAGGAAGCUUGACUGCACUUAGCUGAGCUCUCCAAUUCCUGAUUGAAAAGAAAUACACAUCUACAGCCAGGUAGGUUAUGACCAUUUGGAAUUAAGAAUGUGUUAUGCUUCUCCCUUUAAGUUUUUCACUGUUGAGCUGCAAGUUUACUGUGGGGAGGAUGUAGCUAUAAGAAUAUUAUGAUUCCUUCAUUGGUAUUAAGACAUUUGCUGAGAUAUUGUAACGAAAAAUACAUUGAUCAUUGAAAACAACUUACUUUUUAUAAUUUGAAUAUAUGAUAAGUGGACUCCCCUGAAUUUGUGUUAAUUUUUUUAUUUGUUUAUCUUAUAGCUUCAGAGCCAUGUUCGGGGUGAAAAGUGAGGUGAUCCUGUCCAUCUACAUCAUCAUCUUCCUGAUGGGCCUGCCUGCCAACAUCCUGGCACUCUACGCCUUCAGCGUCAAGAUCCACAACAAGCCCACUCCCACAGACAUCCUCCUGCUCAACCUGACCGUGUCCGACCUCUUCCUCCUCUUCCUGCCUCUCAAGAUGCAUGAGGCGGCCUCCAACAUGCUGUGGGACCUGCCCAAGUUCCUCUGCUCCAUCACUUCCUUCACCUUCUUCUCCACUAUCUACACCAGUUCUCUCCUGCUGAUGGCUGUCAGUGUGGUCCGUUACCUGGCGGUGGCCUUCCCCGUCACCUACCGCCUGCUCCACAAACCUUUCUAUUCUGUGGUGGCCAGCGCAAUCAUUUGGCUUCUCUCCAUGGCCCACUGCAGCAUUGUGUUCAUCAUCCAGCACCACUCCCCCAGCAACUCCUCCGUCUGCUACGAGAACUUUACCGAAAAACAGCUGGCCAUCAUCCUCCCGGUGCGUCUGGAGUUCUUCAUCGUGCUUUGCUUGGUUCCUCUCAUGGUUUGCAUCUUCUGCUACCUCCGCUGUAUCUGUAUCCUGUACAUGCGCCCAAGGAUCAGCCCGGGCCAGAAGCAGAAGGCCAUCGGGAUGGCGCUGGGUACUCUGGCCGUGUUCCUGAUGUGUGUCUUGCCCUACAACUUCUCACAUCUGCUGGGUUUCUACACAAACUCCAGCCCCUCGUGGAGAUACUACACCCUGCUGCUCAGCGCCUUCAACACCUGCCUGGACCCUAUCAUCUUCUACUUCUCCUCAUCCAACUUCCGCAUCACUACCAAGAUAUACAUCUGCAAGAUGCUGGGACUACGACAGGGUCAGGCUGCAAUCCAAAGUGAAAGCACAAGAGCAGAUUCGGGCCAAAAGGAGAAGGGACAGGAUUGACCGUAAUAGGGUUAACAAUUUCAUCUUAAAUCGUAACUCCCUUUGUGACAGGGGGAAUGAAAGCAUGUUGUGUGCAACAAUGGGAGGCAAUUGAAUGCAAGUUUAACAAAAAAAUUUUUUACAGUAACUUGUUAAAAACAUUUCUAGCCUAUCUAUCUAUGGGUAACACAGGGUUUACGCAUUAUGCUCGACGCACUCAGUUUUCCAGCACAAAACACCAGAAAAUUGCCUAAAAGAGUACAACCAGCUCACCUGCUUUUACACCAUGAUAUGGC